UCGUAUAAAUAAAAUUUGGUUUGUUCUGAAAGCAGUGAGAAUCAAACCGAGAGCAAAUCAGUGGGUGAGAAAAGGUGUGAAGAAAAAGAAGAAGCGAUGAAGAGCAAGACCUCUCUGGUUUUCGCCAUUAAUGGAGAAAGAUUCGAGCUCGAGCUCUCUUCCCUUGAUCCUUCAACCACUCUCGUCGAUUUCUUGCGCAACAAGACUCGUUUCAAGAGCGUCAAACUUGGUUGUGGCGAAGGUGGUUGUGGCGCUUGUGUAGUUCUUCUUUCAAAGUAUGAUCCAUUGCUCGAAAAAGUCGAGGACUUCACAGUCAGCUCGUGUCUCACGCUACUCUGCAGCAUCGAUGGCUGCUCCAUCACCACCUCAGAAGGCCUUGGGAACAGCAGAGUCGGGUUCCACGCGGUCCACGAGCGCAUCGCCGGUUUUCACGCCACACAGUGCGGUUUCUGCACACCAGGGAUGAGCGUUUCCAUGUUUUCCGCUCUGUUAAACGCUGAUAAGUCUCUACCACCUCUCAGCAACGGUUUCUCUAACCUAACCGCUGCAGAAGCCGAGAAGGCUGUGUCCGGGAAUCUAUGCCGGUGUACCGGAUACAGACCGCUCGUUGACGCUUGUAAGAGUUUUGCAUCGGAUGUGGAUAUCGAAGAUCUUGGAUACAACUCCUUUUGCAAGAAGGGAGAAAACAGAGAUGGGGUUUUAGCAAGAUUGCCUUGUUAUGAUCAUAAUAUAUCAUCUCAAGUCUCUACAUUUCCGGAGUUCUUGAAGAAGGAAAUCAAGAUUGAUAUGAAUCUUGAUCCAAGAAAGUACAGAUGGUCUAGCCCGGUUAGUGUCUCGGAGCUUCAAGGGUUACUAGAGGUUGAAAAUGGAGUGGCGGUUAAGUUAGUUGCGGGUAACACGAGUACCGGUUAUUACAAAGAAGAAAAGGAGAGAAGAUACGAAAGAUUUUUCGAUAUAAGAAAGAUUCCUGAGCUCAUUGUGGUGAGAAGAGAUGAUAAAGGAAUUGAGUUAGGAGCUGCUGUUACUAUCUCGAAAGCUAUUGAGUUUCUAAGAGAGAAAGGAGAUGUUUCUAUGCUUGCGAAAAUCGCGGCUCAUAUGGAGAAAAUUGCUAGUAGAUUCGUGAGGAACACGGGAACGAUAGGAGGAAACAUCAUGAUGGCGCAGAGGAAACAGUUUCCGUCAGAUCUCACGACCAUACUUGUUGCUGCUCGAGCUAACGUGAAGAUCAUGAGUAGUGGCGGCUCGGGUCAAGAACAGUUUACUUUGGAAGAGUUUCUUCAACAGCCUCCUCUUGAAACCAAAUCUCUUCUUUUGAGCGUCGAGAUCCCUUCUUGGCGGCCCAUGAUGAAGAAGAAUGGUUCUUCUUCUUCGGAUACUCAUCUUCUCUUUGAGACUUACAGAGCAGCGCCACGUCCUCUAGGGAAUGCAUUGGCAUUUAUGAAUGCUGCUUUCUCAGCUGAAGUUUCCUUAAGUGAUAGGAACAUCGUUGUACAUGAUUGCCUGUUAGCUUUUGGUGCUUAUGGGACAAAACACGCACACAGGGCGAGGAAAGUCGAAGACUUUCUUGCAGGAAAAGUGAUAUCUGAUGAGGUUUUGAUGGAAGCUAUUGGCUUGCUUAAAGAUGAGAUAGUACCUGAUAAGGGUACUUCUCAUGCCGGAUAUAGAUCAAGCUUGGCUGUUGCUUUUCUCUUCGAGUUCUUUGGUUCUUUAACUCAAACAAACGCUAAAGCUACAAACGGGUGGGUCAAUGGAGGAUGCAAAGAGAUUGGCUUUGAUCAGAAAGUUGAGUCUUUGAAAAGACCUGAAGCUAUGUUGUCAUCUUCACAACAGAUAGUUGAAAAUCAAGAAUAUAGUCCGGUCGGGAAAGGCAUUGUAAAGUCUGGAGCUUGUCUCCAAGCAUCUGGUGAGGCUGUGUAUGUAGACGACAUUCCUUCUCCGGAUAAUUGUCUAUACGGAGCAAUCAUCUACAGUACAAUGCCUCUGGCUCGGAUCAAGAGUAUAAGGUUCAAGGAAAACAGAGUUCCAGAAGGAGUUCUUGGUAUAAUUACCUACAAAGAUAUCCCCAAAGGCGGGCGAAAUAUCGGUACCAAAUUCUUUAACUCGGAUCUUUUGUUCGCUGAAGAAAUAACUAACUGUGCGGGUCAGAUAAUCGCUUUCUUGGUUGCAGAUAGUCAAAAGCAUGCAGAUGUUGCAGCAAAUCUUGUUGUGAUUGAUUAUGACACUGAGAAUUUGGAGCCGCCUAUACUUACCUUAGAAGAAGCAGUCGAAAAAUCAAGCUUUUUCACGGUCCCUCCACCUCUACGUUGUAAAUCGGUCGGUGAUAUCUCUAAGGGAAUGGCUGAAGCUGAACAUAAGAUUCUUGGAUCAAAGAUAAGUUUCGGGUCACAAUACUUUUUCUAUAUGGAGACACAAACGGCUCUUGCAGUGCCGGAUGAAGACAACUGUAUGGUGGUUUAUAGCUCGACUCAAGCUCCCGAGUAUGUACAUCAAACCAUCGCUGGAUGUCUUGGAGUUCCUGAGCAUAAUGUCCGCGUCAUUACUCGAAGAGUUGGAGGUGGAUUCGGUGGGAAAGUCAUGAAAUCAAUGCCCGUUGCUGCAGCUUGUGCACUAGCAGCAUCCAAAAUGCAGCGUCCAGUGAGGACAUAUGUGAACAGGAAAACGGAUAUGAUAACUACCGGAGGAAGACAUCCGAUGAAAAUAACGUACAGUGUUGGAUUCAAAUCCAAUGGAAAGAUUACUGCUUUGGAUUUAGAAUUGCUACUUGAUGCAGGGAUAAGUGAAGAUAUAAGCCCGCUUAUGCCAUCAGCGAUACAAGGAGCAAUGAUGAAGUAUGAUUGGGGUGCUCUCUCUUUCGACGUGAAAGUAUGCAAAACAAACACCGUGAGCAGAACCGCGGUUAGAGCUCCAGGGGAUGUACAAGGAUCGUAUAUAGGAGAAGCCAUCAUCGAGAAAGUAGCCUCAUAUCUCUCCAUUGACGUGGAUGAGAUCAGGAAGGUUAAUCUCCAUACAUAUGAGAGCUUAAGGUUGUUUCACAGUGCCAAAGCUGGUGAGUCUCCCGAGUACACGUUACCACUGCUUUGGGACAAACUCGCUGAGUUCUCGAGGUUUAACGAGAGGAGGAAGGUGGUUGAGGAGUUUAACGCAACAAACAUGUGGAGAAAGAGAGGGAUCUCGCGUGUGCCUGCGAUUUAUGGAGUGGCUAUGAGAUCAACACCGGGAAGAGUAAGUAUAUUGAGCGACGGGUCAGUAGUGGUUGAGGUUCCAGGGAUUGAGAUAGGACAAGGGCUAUGGACAAAGGUGAAACAGAUGGCUGCAUUUUCACUUGGACUGAUCCAGUGCGGUACUACAAGCGAUGAGCUUCUCAAGAAGAUCAGGGUCAUACAAUCCGACACAUUGAGUUUGGUACAAGGCUCAGUAACUGGUGGUAGCACAAGCUCUGAGGCCAGCAGCGAAGCGGUUAGGGCUUGCUGCGAUGGGUUAGUCAAAAGGCUUUUACCAGUCAAUAACUCUUUGGUGGAGAAAACAGGAGGACCUGUGACUUGGGAUAACAUCAUCAGUCAGGCUUAUCAACAAUCGGUAAACCUGUCGGUUAGUAGCUUAUACUCGCCGGAUGUCUCCACUGGCGGAUACCUUAACUAUGGAGUUGCAGCGAGCGAGGUUGAAGUUAACGUUUUGACGGGAGAAACAACAGUUUUGCGCACAGAUAUUAUCUAUGAUUGUGGGAAAAGUCUCAAUCCGGCUGUGGAUUUAGGACAGAUUGAAGGAGCAUUUGUUCAAGGACUUGGGUUCUUCAUGCUUGAAGAGUACCUAAUGAACUCAGACGGUCUCAUAGUAACAGACAGCACGUGGACUUACAAGAUCCCAACGGUCGACACAAUCCCAAGACAGUUUAAUGUCGAGAUUCUCAACAGUGGACACCACAAGAACCGUGUUCUUUCAUCCAAAGCUUCGGGUGAACCGCCAUUGCUUUUGGCGGCUUCGGUUCACUGCGCGGCCAGAGCAGCUGUUAAAGAAGCCAAGAAACAGAUUCAGACAUGGAGUAAUAACCAACAAGGGAUUGAUCUGACCUUUGAUUUGCCUGUUCCAGCGACAAUGCCUGUUGUGAAGGAGUUUUGUGGACUCGAUGUCGUCGAGAAAUACUUGGAAUGGAAAGUCCAGCAGAGGAAGAACUUUUGAUAGCUUGUGUUUGUGUGUAUUGAUAUGUGAUUAUAAUUGCUCUGUUUUUGUUGGUAUUAACUUUUAAGUGCUUGCAACAAUGUUAUGAUUGCAUAACAAUGUUUGGGAUUAUAAUAAACCGGUUUCUGUAGUAAGCUGCACCAUGUAUAAACUGAGAGAACCUUUUUAACUUCUGUUUUUGUUAUUAUAAAAAUCUUUAUCA